UUAUCAAAUGCUUGUUGGAAAAUCUUGAGGAAGAAGUAUCUCGGGCUGAAAAUUCUCUGCUUCAGGCAGCAGCAUCAUUUCCAAUGUACGGGCGGGUCCACUGUAUAACAGGAGCUUUGCGGAAGCUGCCUCUAAACAGCCUGCAGUUGGUGAGUGAGUGGAGACCCGUGGUGGAGAAGCUCCUCGUGACCUCCUAUAGGCUCUCGGCGGUGGUGUCUCCAGUCAUUCAGAGCUCCUCCCCAGAAGGCCUCAUCCCCAAUGACACUGAUGCAGAGUCAGCAAGCCGCUUGCACAGGAUUCUGAAUGAGAUUCAGCCACGAGAUACUAAUGAUUAUUUCAGUCAAGCCAAAAUAUUGAAAGAAUGUGGUAGCUUUGAUUUAGAGGACUCGAGUGUCAGUGUACCGAAUAUUGAUACUUCUGCAGAAAUCAAAGGUAAAGAAGGAAAAACAUGUGACGUAACUGCUCAGAUGGUGCUGGUGUGUUGUUGGAGAAGCAUGAAGGAAGUUGCUUUACUCCUAGGCUCUCUGUGCCAGCUUCUACCUAUGCGGCCUGUGCCAGGGACUCCUGUUGGAUUGUUGACGGUGGAGCAGGUAAAAGAAAUAGGAGAUUACUUUAAACAACACCUUUUACAGUCCAGGCACAGAGGAGCAUUUGAACUGGCUUACACUGGCUUUGUGAAACUCACUGAAAUCCUAAACAGGUGCCCUAAUGUGAGUCUGCAAAAGCUACCGGAAGAGUGGUUAUUGAAUGUUUUAGAGGAAAUUAAAUGCUGUGAUCCUUCCUCUAAACUCUGUGCUACAAGACGCAGUGCUGGAAUUCCUUUCUACAUACAGGCAUUGUUGGCAUCUGAACCUAAGAAAGGCAAAACGAAUUUGUUGAAAAUAACAAUGAAAGAGUUAAUCUCUUUGGCUGGACCUACAGAUGACUCACAAAGCACAGUCCCCAAGGUUCAUGCUUUAAAUAUCCUUAGAGCCUUGUUCAGAGAUACACGUCUGGGAGAAAUUAUUAUCCCUUAUGUUGCUGAUGGAACUAAGGCAGCGAUUCUGGGCUUUACAUCCCCAGUCUGGGCAGUGAGAAAUUCAUCCACGCUUCUCUUCAGUACCUUGAUCACAAGAAUAUUUGGAGUUAAAAGGGGAAAGGAUGAACUUUCCAAAAAAAAUAGAAUGACAGGGAGCGAAUUUUUCUCUCGUUUCCCUGAACUCUAUCCCUUUCUUCUCAAACAGUUGGAAGCCGUGGCCAAUUCUGUGGACAGUGAUACAGGAGAACUAAACCGUCAUCCCAGCAUGUUUCUCUUACUUUUGGUGUUGGGGAGGCUCUACCCUUCCCCCAUGGAUGGCACCUGUUCUGCUCUCAGCAUGGCACCUUUUAUUCCCUUCAUUAUGAGAUGUGGUCACUCACCUGUCUACCGCUCCCGUGAAAUGGCAGCUCGUGCCUUGGUCCCAUUUGUCAUGAUGGACGAAAUCCCUAAUACCAUCCAAACUCUAUUGGCCAAACUCCCUGACUGCACUGACCAGUGUUUCCGGCAAAACCAUAUUCAUGGGACACUUCUCCAAGUUUUUCAUUUGUUACAAGCCUUCUCAGACUCCAAAUACAGAAUGAAUACAUACUUUCAGCAGGAACUGGCUGACGUCGCUGUUUGUACCAAAGCCAAGCUCUGGCUGGCCAAGAGGCAAAAUCCAUGUUUGGUGACCAGAGCUGUGUAUAUUGAUAUCCUCUUCCUGUUGACUUGCUGCCUUGACAGACUCUCAAAAGGCAACCAGCCAGUUCUGGAGCAUCUUGGCUUCUGGGAGGAAGUCAGAAGGAUCAUCUCAGGAUCAGAGCUGAUAACAGGAUUCCCCUAUACCUACACAGUGCCAGGCCUACCCCAGUAUCUCCAGAGCCUCACCAAACUGGCCAUCGCUGCAGUGUGGGCAGUAGCGGCCCAGGCUGGAGAGCAGAACAGGGAUGUUCCUAUCUCCUUCUCUCAGCUGUUAGAGUCUUCCUUCCCUGAAGUGCGCCUGCUCACGCUGGAAGCCCUGCUGGAAAGGUUCUCAACAGCAGCCUCUGCUCUGGGAGAGAAGGGACUGCCACCCUUACUGUGGAAUAUGGGAGGGACAUUCUUGACAUUGGUGCUGAAGGAAAAUCACCCAGAAUGCCUCUGCAAGAUACUGAAAAUUCUCCAUUGCUUGGACCCCAGUGAAUGGCUCCCUCAGACAGAACACCGUGUCCAUCUCAGCCCAAAGGAGUUCCUGAUCUGGACGAUGGAUAUUGCUUCCCAUGAAAGGUCUGAAAUUCAAAGUGAAGCUCUGAGACUCACCUCCAGAGUGAUUGCCUACCACAUGCAGAUGUGUGAUGAGACCAGAGACUUGGUGGCCCCCAACCUGCAGCAGUGGGUUCAGUUGGUUGUCUCUUCCUGUGGAGAUCAUCUCCCCACAGAGUCCAGGCUGGCUGCUGCUGAAGUUCUUGCCAGCACUGCACCAUUUUUCCUCACCAACCCGCAACCCAUUCUCGGACUGCAGGAUACGCUUGCUCUCUGGAAGUGUGUCCUCACCCUCCUGCAGAGUGAGGAGCAAGUCGUCCGAGAUGCAGCCACGGAAACUGUGAUGACCGCCAUGUCACAGGAAAACACUUGCCAGUCAACAGAAUUUGCCUUCUGCCAGGUGGAUGCCUCCAGCGCACUGGACCUGGCUCUGGCUGUGCUCUGUGACCUGCUCCAGCAAUGGAAUCAGCUGACCCCCGGACUCCCAGUCCUGUUGGGAUGGCUGCUGGGAGAGGGUGAGGGCCUCGUGGCCUGUGAGGAGAGAGCACAUCAGGUGGAAGACGACUACCCAUUUGAAAAAACGGAAAUCAACUUUUGGGCCGAGACCCUGAUCUUCGUGAAAUACCUCUACAAGCACCUCUUCCGCCUCCUCUGUGAGUCCAGCUGGUGUCCCCUCAGCCCGGAGAUGCUCCGUCAUUUUAAGAGGACUGCAUCGGAGCAACGUCACCUCCUUUCCCAGCUCUUGAGAGUGCUGCCUCCCACUGCUGAGUUUUUGAAGACGGCGGAGUUCACGAGACUGCGCAUUCGGGAGGAAAGGACUUUGGCUUGCCUGAGGCUGCUGGCCAUUCUGGAAGGAGAGGAAGGGGAGGACACCCUAGUUCUCAGGGCUUUGGAUUCUUCUGCAGCAGCGAAUCAGUUAACGCUUCCAAGAACAGAAACAGCUUGUUGA